GUUAAUAUCGGUAUCGGAUUUUUUUGCCCUUAGAAGAACCGAUAAAAUAACCCUGCCGUUACACCCCUAUGCGCUCCUGAAGCGUUUACCGGCGCACAGGUGAUGAGUCUUGAUGACCUCAUCAAGCUGCGUCUUGAAACUCACAAACAAACACGCGUGGAUGGCUGCCCUAACAAAGUUGCUCGCUCUGUUUCACUUUUACUGUCUAUGGUUUCAACGCUAUGUCUGCGGUUUGGAAUUAUUUUAAAGUGUGUACUUCGGAUGUUAAAUUCGCAAUUUGCAAUGACUGCAAAGCGGCAGUUCCGAGAGGCGGAACCAAACCGUCUUCAUUCAAUACUUCCAAUUUAAUCAACCACCUCAAGCUGAAUCAUCCAGAGAUUUACGCGGCAUUUGUCAACCAAAGCAAUGAGAAGAAGCAACAGGGCCAGGCAGCGGUGGCAGUGAAAAAGACUCAGUUGACGCUCAAAGAUUGCACCGAGAAAAAACAGAAAUACGCCAAGGACCAUCCCAGGGCAAAAGCCAUAAAUCGGAAAAUCAUCGAGUGUAUUGCACUGGAUAACCAGCCCUUUUCGAUCGUACAAGACGCAGGGUUCACCAAACUUGUGGAGUUCCUCGAGCCACGCUUUACCAUGCCCAACCGCAGGUAUUUAACAGACGUGUGUUUACCGGAAUUGUACAGCGUUGUUUACAACCACGUCGAAAAGCUAAUUGUUGAUGCUGUAUACAUUAGCUUCACGACCGACAUCUGGUCAUCAAGCGUUAGUCAGGUGAGCAUGUUGAGCUUGACUGCUCAGUGGCUAGAUAAAGACUUUGCGCUGAAAAAGGCUGUGCUUCAUUCCCAAGAGUGCCGCGGGUCUCAUACAGCAGAAGCAAUCGCAUCGGCGUUUGAAGGGAUGUUCGAGAGGUGGGGAAUCCCCAAGGAGAAUGUGCACGUAGUGGUCAGAGAUAAUGCACGGAACAUGGCUAAAGCUGCGUCGGAGUUUGGUGUCCCAAGUCUGCCCUGCAUGGCACAUACUCUACAGCUCGCAGUGAAUGGAGGUGCCCUCACUCAGCGCAGUAUUGCAGAUGCCCUGGCGGUGGGGAGGCGAGUGGUAGGACACUUUAAGCACUCACCACUUGCUUGCAGUCGUUUUGAAGACAUACAAAAAGAACUCAAUAUGUCCGUUAAAAAGUUGCAACAAGACGUCUCCACCAGGUGGAAUUCCACCUAUUAUAUGAUGCAGAGCCUGGUGGAACAAAAGAGGGCUUUAAGUGCAUAUGCUGCUGAUUAUGAACUCCCCACAACAUUGACAGCAAGCCAGUGGGGGAUAAUGGAGAAGAUGAUCACCCUCCUGGGACCCUUUGAGCAGCUAACCAGGGACAUCAGCUGUGCAGAGGCCACUGCUGCUGAUGUUAUCCCUGGUGUCGUGUCCCUCACGCGGCUGCUUGCCAAGACGGAUGAAUCUGACAAAGGUGUGCAAACUGCCAAACAUGCGCUGUUGGAAGCGGUCAGCAAACGCUUUGAUGGUGUUCAAACUGAACCGCUUUAUGCAAUUGCAACCAUGGUUGAUGCUCGCUACAAAGACCGUUAUUUUGACCCGGAUAAGAAGGAGGAAGCACGGAAUAUGCUGCUGAAAGUUGUGGAUGAAAUGGCCAGUGUGGGCAAUGGUCAACGAGAAGACGCUGCUGGUGCCAGUGCAGAUGAUCCAGGCCAGGAGGACCAGGACCCCCCACCUAAGAAGGCAAAAGGAAGCCUGCAGGACAUGUACCAAGAAAUCCUCACAGAGAAUGAUGUCGCCACACAAGCAACUACAGGCGAAACAGCAUCACAGGUUCAUGCAUACCUGGGAGAAGUCACCAUCCUCAAGACAGCCUGCCCUUUCAAGUACUGGAGCUCCACCCAGAUGCGCUUCCCUGCACUUGCCCGAGUUGCACGCAAGUACCUCACUGCGCCCUGUACCAGUGUAGACAGCGAGCGGCUCUUCAGCGCCGUCUCCCAUGUCAUAGACGAAAAGAGAAAUCGCAUACACUGCAACAAUGCAGAGAUGCUCAUUUUCAUUCAGAAAAAUCUACCCCUCACAGAUAUGGACAAGGGAAAAAAUUAGACCAGUCAUAUAGGCAAAUCAGCAUCAGUUUUUUUUUACCCUCAUUUGUUGCACUUUAUGUUUACUGGUAUGGACUGAAGCUGUUUUUAUUACUUGUGCCUUUUUUGUUUUAAUAUUCGUUCAUGUUGUUACUCUUUGAAAGAGCCGGGUAGAUUGAGCCCAGUGUGAAUGUUUAUAUUGUCAAUGAUUGUGAGGCCUGUUAUGAAGGCCAGUCAGUCUUUUAGCCCUGUUCAUUGGACUAAUACUAAAGGAGGACUUUGUUUACUACUCUGGAAGGUCUGGACUGAAACUUUGUGCCUUCCCUGUUCUUAUGGCACACUACCACAUCUUUGUUGUUGCUCAUGUAGAGCGGUGCUGAUUGAGCCCAGUUUAUAAUUUCAAUGAUUGCUUUAGCCCGAGCAAUGGGCUAGGGACUCAGGCUGCUUAGAUUUGUACACCUUUAAAAUGUUUCAUUUUGUACCCCACCUCAAACCUGCUUUUUUGUAGCUCAAACAAAAGCGCAGUUUUCAAAAUUGUGCAGUAUAGUUGCCACAUUGCAAUUGUGUGGAUUCAUUCAAUUAAAGUGAUAAGUUUUAGUUAAGAAACACAGAAAAAUAGUAGCCUGUCAUAUACACCAUCAUACACCAUGCAUGGUGUCACCAUGCCUGUUAUUUUAGUUGGUUACAUGCUGCUAUGUUGCACAUAGUUUUCAGUUACUUACAAUGUUUUAUCAUCUGUG